GGAGGGAUUCACUUCCGGCAGCCGGCCUUGGAGUCAUGGCCGCCUUCCUCCGAGCUGUGCCGCGGUCGCCAGGGCCAGCUGCAUGGGGAAGGCCUCUCCAUGGGCUGUGGUACUGCAGUGGGCGGGAUCCUAGGAGGUGGGUGGGAAGCAGGCCACCAACCUCCAAGGAGAAACCACCCGGCACAGAGACGGAGACAUUUCAGAUGGUGUACCGGUUUGAUGCCAUCAGGUCUUUCGGGUACUUGUCUCGGCUGAAGGUGGCACAGACGGCCCUGACGGUGGUGGCCCUGCCGCCUAGCCUCUACUGGUACUCCCAGGGCCUCAUGACCUUCAACUCCCUGUGCCUGGCGGGCGGGAUCGCUGGCUUUGCCCUGGCCAUGUUGUGCUGGAUGAGCCAUUUCUUCCGGAGGCUGGUGGGCAUCCUGUACGUGAAUGAGUCGGGCACCAUGCUGCGGGUGGCCCACCUGACCUUCUGGGGCCGGCGACAGGAGACAUACUGCCCUGUGGCCGACGUGAUCCCCAUGACGGAAAGCCAGGAUCGGCCUCAGGAGCUGUUCGUGCGGAUCCAGCAGUACAGUGGGAAACAGACCUUCUACCUCACCCUGCGCUACGGACGCAUCCUGGACCGAGAGCGUUUCACACAGGUGUUUGGGAUGCUGGACAAGUUCAAGUGAACGGACAGGGGGCCUCCUGCAGGCAGCCUGAGGGUGUGGGCGGGGCUGAAGGAGGGGGUCGGGCAGCUGGAGACUUUGCCGGGGCCCCUGGGAACUUGUCUUUUGGGAUAAGGAAAUUCAUGAGAUAGAAGUAACUGGGUUUAGAAGGAGGCCCUGAGUGCAGAUUCUUAACUGCACUUGUGUGUGACAUUCAGAUAAUGGCCAGAAGUUUCUGUUAAGAGCCAGUCCUUGGAGGAAGCGAUGCCAAGCUCUCUCGAACAAUUACACUGCUGUGAAACCAAAGAGAGAGGUGGGGGGCGGGAGCCAGAAGACUUGGGUCUGUCCGUUUCCAAAUCCCUGUCCUGGGGCAGGUUAUCAAGUCUCUCAGAACCUUGGUUUUCACAUCUUAAAGUGGAAAAAUCCUCCCUGUCUCCUGGGAUGGGUGUGAGAAUAAACAAUAAAUGUCAUUGUUAGUUCAGAGGUGAUGGCGCCGCAAAAGGCUUCCAGGCAAUGGGUAGGGAUUUCACCAGCCCUGUGCUGCGCCCCCUUGUGGACCCGGCGGCGGGGGGACCAGGAUGAAGCCUAGAGCUGGGUCGUUCAUCCUGCCAGCGCGGUAGCUGCACAGCCACUGGGGCAAGGUUGUAAUCCGAGCAAGUUCACCGCCCAGCGGUCUAGGGGCUCUCACAUCAGAAGGCUUUGCAGUGUGAUAAAGUCAGAUGAACUAUAUGCUGGUGUGAUACUUUAUCAAAUAAAGCCAGUUAUAUGUAAUGUCCCCCGUAAUUAGCAAUAUGCUUAUUGUAUAAUUUGUAACAAAGAGGAAAGAAGUCAUGAUCUUUAAUUCUACCACUCAGAAGUCAAUAACUAAAUUUUGUUUUGUGACCUUCCAGUCUUUUUUUAUUUUCAAAUCGUAGUAAAAUAUAAACAUAAAUUUAUCCUUUUAAUCAUUUUAAGUGUACACUAAGUGGCAUUAAGUAUAUUUAGUGUUUUGCAACCAUGACUUCUCUCCAUUUCCAGAACUUUUUCGUUAUCCCAACCAGAAGCUCUGCACCCAUUAAAUAGUAACUCCCCAACACCCCGUUUCUCCAGCCCUUGGCAACCACUAAUCUGCUUUCUGUGUCUAUGGAGUUGCCUGUUGUGGAUAUUUCAUGUAAAUGGAAUCAUCCGCUGUGUGGCCUUUUAUGUCUGGCUUCUUUCACUUGGCGUAAUUUUGCAAGGUUUACCCAUGUUGUAGCAGGUAUCGGAACUUCAUUCCUUUUUUAUGGCGGAAUAAUAUGUAUAUAGCACAUUUUGUUUAUCCAUUAAUCUUUCGAUGAACAUUUUGAUUGUCUCCACCUUUUGGCUGUUGUGAGUAAUGCUGCUGUGAACAUUGGUGUACAAACAUCUGAGUUUCUGCUUUCAAUUUUUUGGGGUAUUUUCUGAGAAGUGGAAUUACUGGGUCAUACGGUAAUUCUAAGUUUAACUUUUUGAGGACCUGCCAACCUUUUCCAUAGUGGCUACACCAUUUUAUAUUCCCACCAGCAAUGCAUCAGAGUUCCAAUUUAUCCACAUCUUUUUUUUUUUAUAUAUAA